AUGGACAACACCACUCCCUCGCCAACCACCACUACCACCGCAACCCAAGAAAACCCCACCACUACCGUCUCCACCACCAGCGACAACUCCUCCACCACCACCACCAGCAACAGCAGCACGAGGAAGUGCAAGGGCAAAGGAGGCCCCGAUAACAAUAAGUUCCGUUACAGAGGGGUGCGGCAGCGGAGCUGGGGCAAAUGGGUCGCCGAGAUCCGGGAGCCCCGGAAGCGGACCCGCAAGUGGCUCGGCACCUUCGGCACCGCCGACGACGCCGCCCGCGCCUACGACCGCGCCGCCAUCAUCCUCUACGGUUCUAGGGCUCAGCUCAACCUCCAGCCUUCCUCCUCCUCAUCCACCACCUCCUCUCGCGGCUCUUCGUCCUCCUCCACCUCCUCCUCGUCGUCCACCCAAAAUCUCCGGCCUCUGCUUCCACGGCCUUCGGGCUACGCGUUCACCUUUCCUUCUUCAUCUUCCUCUUCUUCCCCUGCGCCGUUCUGUUCGGUCCCGUACGGAGUGUACAUCCCUAACGGUGCAAUUAGCAACAGCGUCGUUGUCCCGUCCGUACAGUGCCCGAGCAACAUCGGGCUACAGAAUCUUCAGCUUUCGAAUCAUCAGAAUUUUCAUCCUCAGGCCGUACAACAUCCUCAACAACAAUAUCUGUGUGCGCGGCCCGACGGGAUCGAGAAUAUCCCCGCCAUGGCAACGACCGCCACCGCGGAUGGAAACCCUAACUAUGAACACCAAGAACAACAACUACGAGAAGAUCAAGAUCGUCAUCAUCAGCAGCAACAUCAUCAGCUCGGUCACUUGAGCUAUGACGACAUCAACGCGCUUGCUGGGUCGGUGGGCGCGAGCCUUUCCUUGGCCUCGGAGGUGGAGGCGGCCCCACCGGUGCCUCCGGAGACGACCGCUGCCGAGGUGGGGCAGGGUUCGCCAGCGAUGUGGCCGCUGGGGAACGAGGAUGAUUACAUUCAUCAUGGGAUUUGGGAUUACGGAGACCCUUUCUUGUUUGAUUUUUGA